AUGACGGACGUCACGGAUGAGAUUGCAGAGGAGAUUUCGUUUCAGGGGUUUGAAGAUGACUGCAGGUUGCUGGGGAAUCUGCUCAAUGAUGUUCUUCAGAGAGAGGUCGGGCCUGAGUUCAUGGAGAAGCUCGAGAAGACCCGAGUCCUAGCUCAGAGUGCAUGCAACAUGAGGAAUGCCGGAAUUGAAGACACGGCCGAGCUUCUCGAGAAGCAACUUGCAGCCGAGUUGUCUAAAAUGACUCUCGAGGAGGCCCUCACGCUUGCUCGGGCUUUCAGUCAUUAUCUGAACCUGACAGGGAUUGCUGAAACUCAUCACAGAGUAACUAAGGCUAGAAGUGCUAGAAAAAUAUCGAAAUCUUGUGAUGAUACUUUGAACCAGCUCAUUCAGAGUGGUAUUUCUCCUGAUGAGCUUUAUGAUACAGUUUGCAAGCAGGUGGUUGAAAUUGUUCUCACAGCACACCCCACGCAAAUCAAUCGGCGAACAUUGCAAUAUAAGCAUAUAAGAAUUGCUCAUCUUUUAGAAUACAAUGAUCGCCCUGACCUCGGAGAUGAAGAUCGUGAGAUGUUGAUAGAAGAUCUGGUUAGAGAGCUUGCCUCAAUAUGGCAAACCGAUGAGCUCAGGCGGCACAAGCCCACUCCAGUUGAUGAAGCUAGGGCUGGAUUGAAUAUUGUGGAGCAAUCACUUUGGCGAGCUUUACCUCAUUACUUGCGGCGUCUUAGCAAUGCUCUUAAGAAGCAUACUGGAAAACCCCUACCUUUGACAUGCACUCCAAUAAAAUUUGGAUCUUGGAUGGGAGGUGAUCGAGAUGGAAAUCCAAAUGUGACAGCAAAGGUCACAAAGGAUGUCUCCCUUUUGUCUAGGUGGAUGGCUAUUGAUCUGUACAUUCGUGAAGUUGAUAACCUUAGAUUUGAACUCUCCAUGAACCGAUGUGAUGCAAAGUUAUCCCAACUGGCACAACAAAUUAUAGAAAUAGAAAAAUUUUCUGAAGAUAGGCAUGGCAGUUGGAGUCAACAAUCAGACAGGGCCCAGUUUAAGAAUUAUGGCAUUCAUUCUUCACCUCUUCCAACACAGCUGCCAGCUGGAGCCGAUCGCCCUUCCUGUGCAGAUCACAAUGACGUGAACUCCCGCUAUCCUCGACUGGAUCUUCCUGGAACAGAAUUUAUGCCGUUGAAUCGAGAGGACAGUCGGGAGUCUUUGGUUCGCAAAGAUUCUUCGAGUGAUGUUAAGAACCUCACCAUAAAAACACAUGGAAAUGGCUAUGUUAACAAUUCUGGAAGUUCCCAGUCAGUUGUGACCCCACGAGGAUCGUCUUUGAGCUCGGGUCAACUUCCUUCUCAGAAGAGGCUGUUUGUCGAGUCUCAAAUUGGAAGGACCAGUUUCAAGAGGCUUCUAGAACCAAGUUCUUCACAAAUCCCUGGAAUAGCUCCUUACAGAGUUGUUUUGGGUGAUGUAAAAGAAAAGCUUAUGAGGACCCGAAAAAGGCUGGAGCUUCUUCUCGAGGACAUUUCUUGUGAAUAUGACCAUGGAGAUUAUUAUGAAACAUCAGAGCAGCUUAUGGAACCUCUUUUAUUGUGCUAUGACUCACUGCACUCUUGUGGUUCUGGGAUCUUAGCCGAUGGCCGGCUGACUGACCUUAUCAGGCGUGUUUCUACUUUUGGAAUGGUUCUGAUGAAGCUUGACCUUCGUCAGGAAUCUGGUCGACAUGCAGAAACACUCGAUGCCAUAACCAAUUAUCUGGAUAUGGGUACCUACAGUGAGUGGAAUGAAGAUAAGAAACUUGAUUUUCUGACAAGAGAGCUCAAAGGGAAGAGGCCACUAAUACCUCCGAACAUUGAGGUUUCCCCUGAUGUUAAAGAAGUAUUAGAUACCUUCAGAGUUGCUGCUGAGCUAGGAAGUGAUUCACUUGGAGCAUAUGUGAUUUCCAUGGCCUCCAAUGCAAGCGAUGUUCUUGCUGUCGAGCUCUUGCAGAAGGAUGCUCGUCUUGCUGUUGCUGGUGAACUUGGCAAACCAUGUCCUGGUGGAACCCUACGUGUAGUUCCUCUGUUUGAGACUGUGAAGGACUUGAGAGAAGCUGGUUCGGUCCUCAGAAAGUUGCUAUCCAUCGACUGGUACCUUCAACAUGUCAUCAAGAAUCACAACGGGCAUCAGGAGGUUAUGGUUGGAUAUUCCGACUCAGGAAAAGAUGCUGGCCGUUUUACAGCGGCAUGGGAGCUCUACAAAGCUCAAGAGGCCGUUGUGGCCGCAUGCAACGAGUAUGGCAUAAAGACUACUCUUUUCCAUGGUCGUGGGGGUAGUAUCGGCCGUGGUGGGGGCCCUACAUAUCUCGCCAUUCAAUCCCAGCCUCCGGGCUCGGUUAUGGGCACCCUUCGCUCAACCGAGCAAGGAGAGAUGGUUCAGGCCAAGUUCGGCCUCCCACAAAUGGCAGUCCGCCAGCUAGAGAUCUACUCGACGGCUGUUCUCCUCGCCACCUUGCGACCCCCACAGCCCCCUAAGGAACAGAAAUGGCGCCACCUCAUGGACGAAAUCUCCCACAUCAGCUGCGCCACGUACCGGAGCACGGUGUACGAAAACCCCGAGUUCUUGGCCUAUUUCCACGAGGCGACCCCACAGGCCGAGCUCGGCUGCCUCAACAUCGGCAGCCGGCCCACUCGCCGCAAGGCAUCAACAGGCAUCGAGAGGCAAGGGCUGGGAGCCGAGCUGAGGAGGGAGCUGGUGACAACCGAGCGGUUCGUGAAGCUUGUGACGGGGCACGAGAAGAUAUCGGAGAAUAACAGGAGCCUGAGGAGACUGAUCGAGAGCCGGUUAUCAUAUUUGAACCCGAUGAAUAUGUUGCAGGUGGAGAUACUGAAGAGGCUGAGAGGGGACGAUGAUAAUAACAAGUUGAGGGACGCGUUGUUGAUCACGAUUAACGGGAUUGCGGCUGGCAUGAGGAACACAGGCUGA